CAGCAGGCAGGGAGCUGUGUAGGGGAAGGAUAUACUUACAUAGGAAAGAAGCAGGUGCUUCAUCUCAGACACUUCCAAGAUGGGUGACCAAGCUAUCAGCUUCCUCAAGGACUUUUUAGCUGGUGGUAUUGCUGCAGCUAUUUCCAAGACUGCUGUUGCUCCUAUUGAAAGAGUGAAACUUCUGCUGCAGGUUCAGCAUGCCAGCAAGCAGAUUGCAGUGGAUCAACAAUACAAGGGCAUCGUUGACUGCGUGGUCCGUAUCCCCAAAGAACAAGGUUUCAUUUCCUUCUGGAGAGGCAACCUUGCUAACGUCAUCCGUUAUUUCCCAACACAAGCUCUCAACUUUGCCUUCAAAGACAAGUACAAGCAGGUCUUCUUGGGGGGUGUAGACAAGCACACUCAGUUCUGGAGGUUCUUCCUUGGUAACUUGGCAUCUGGUGGAGCAGCUGGUGCUACCUCCCUGUGCUUUGUCUAUCCUCUGGAUUUUGCCAGAACCCGUCUGGCUGCUGAUGUUGGCAAAGGUUCAGCCCAGAGAGAAUUUAACGGCCUUGCAGACUGCCUUACCAGGAUCUUUAAGUCAGAUGGUUUUAAAGGUCUCUACCAGGGCUUCAAUGUGUCAGUCCAGGGUAUUAUCAUCUACAGAGCAGCUUACUUUGGUGUCUAUGAUACUGCUAAGGGUAUGAUGCCAGAUCCCAAGAAUGUGCACAUCAUGGUGAGCUGGAUGAUUGCUCAGAGUGUCACUGCUGUAGCCGGUCUGGUUUCCUAUCCUUUCGACACUGUCAGGCGUCGUAUGAUGAUGCAGUCUGGCAGGAAAGGGGCUGAUAUCAUGUACAAGGGAACAAUUGACUGCUGGAGGAAGAUUGCUAAAGAUGAAGGAUCUAAAGCCUUCUUUAAGGGUGCCUGGUCCAAUGUAUUGAGAGGCAUGGGCGGUGCUUUUGUACUCGUACUGUAUGAUGAAAUCAAGAAAUAUGCAUAAAUUAAUAAACCUGUUAAUUAAUCAUUUCUAAAUAUUUUUGUGAAGACACAGUGGAGCAUAAGGUUUCAGGGACAAAAAGCUGUUUCCUAGGGAAAUUGAAAAAAGAAGGGGAGCUAUGCAACAAGCAAGGAUAUAUAAAUAUAGAUUAACACUUUCUCAGCCUGUGACGUAUAUGUUCCAUCAGGCUACCUUACACAGAUACAUGACAUAGUACAGUGAGUUACAUUUAACUCAGAAAAGCUGUGUUACAGAAGAUUCUAGGAGAUAGACACCGUAAAGUGAUACAGUUAGGGGAAUGCCACUUGUCCGUUGCAUACAGCAUGUUGGUAAGUGCAUCCAUUGAAACCUGUGCGACAUGUGUAAAGAAGUGUUGCAAUGUACUUUAUAAAUAAGAGAAAUAAAAUAUGUGAAUAUCUAGCAAAAUCUAUCAUAGCUAUUACCUCCUAGUACAA